AUGUCUGCUCAUUGUGUCUUUGUUGAAGAUUUCCUUUUCUUUUCAGAAGCCAACAAGAUCUCCCUAAUCCAUCAUUUUCUUAUUGUUUCAGCUGCUGUAAAGAACCAUUGGCCAGAAAGUAACACUGAACCCCCCUUAGGAAACAUCACCUUUUAUCAGGGUCAAGUAAACUUUUCAACAGUAGCUUCCAAAGAGCCUGUGAUGGGCCAGACCCCCAGAAAGAGCCAUGCUUCUUUGGAUGCUCCAGAAAACUUUACUCCUAAAACAGUAAAUGCUGGAAGAAGACACAACUCUCCAAGCAGAACAAAUUUCACCAUUUCCCUUGGUGGGAGCUCACUUGAGAUAGCAACAGUUCUGAAUUCCCAGAACAGCUCAGUGUUGGAAGAGCUUCACUCGCCAUCCAGCAGUUCAGAGUCAGAAGAAAGAAUUACCCCUUCUCAAACGGAGAGUGGAACACUCUCACUGACCAUGGGGAAGGGGGUCUCAAAAGAAGCAACUGUGCACCCCCAAGUGGCUGCCACUUCUGUUUUGAGCCAGUCCUCUCUUCCUGCUUUGGAGAGGGGAGAACAGACCACGUUCUCCAGGAAGAAAAGCUCCUCAGGACCAGAGCUCUCCUCACCACAUUUCUCCAGGACUUCAGCUUACAGCCCUUCCUCAGACCGUUCUUCACCUUCUGGAAGUAUAAAGAUGCUAAAUAAUUUCACUGCCUUCAAUAAUCCUUCAGUCAGUCAGACAAAGACUAUGUAUGAUGCCACCAUGUUCACCGAUAGUGUCCCCAGGAUGGUCCAGUCUUUACCUGUCAGCCUAGGACCUGUAAAUGAGACAGAACACUUCCCCGAGUCCUCCGAAAUUGGUACCACUUCAGCAUCAGUCCAUUCUUCACCAUCUGUAGAGGACUCCAGCAGGCAUAGUAGAGUGACUGGGAAUCUAGGGAAUGGAGAAUCCAUUGAACCAUCAACAGAAAAUGGAUUUGGACUCAUAUCUUCUGAGAUCUCCAUGGGAUUUUGGCAAAGUGAUUCCCCAACCUUUGGAGGACAUCAGCUUGCCAGCAGCUCUGAUGCAAGCAGUGGAAGUUCCGUUUCUCAGACUGAGAUUGUGUCUAGAUCAGCACCAUCCAUUGAAGGUGGAGAGAGCACAGCACACUGGUCCUUGACCAACAACAAGACAUUUGUAAAUGUGACAGGAAGCUCGACUUCAUCUCCUGAAGCUGUGAACUCUUCAGUUUUCUCUUCAGUUUGGACCCAGUUCUCUGACUCUGCCCCACAGUCUGAAGGAAGCAUGGUGGGGGAUAGGAAUUACUCUGAGCCAUCCACAGACUCUUUGUCUACAUUUUCCUCAAGAAGCCUAGAUUCCUCAGCAUCACGUGGUGAGCGUUCAAUCACUGGAAUUAGUUAUAGUCAAGUGAGUGGCACAAGUAAUGAACAGAGGACUUCCAGUGACCACACAGAUCACACCUAUGUUUUAUCUACUUUCACCAAAGGAGAACGGGCAUUACUGUCCAUUACAGACAACAGUUCAUCCUCAGACAUAAGGGAGAGUUCAACCUCUUACCUUAAAAUCUCCAACUCUUCACAUUUAGAAUAUUCUUCUCAUGCUCAGACUGAAAGAAAUAAUGCCUCAUCCUAUGAUGGAGAGUAUGCCCAGUCUUCCACUGAAUCACUGGUUAUGCGUACUCCCAACCCUCCAUCCUACACACCCACCAUUAAUGUGCCAAACACUUUGGUUCUUCUGGACAUGGAUGCUGGAUCUGUUGGUGACUCAUCUUCUCCAUCAAGGUCCCCUUUACCUCAGCCUUCAGUGUCACAAUUCUACCAGUUGUUCUCAUCAACCCUACCAUCAACGAGGAUCUCUUCUCCUCUACUGAAGUCUGUCUCAGAUGUGACUUUGUCUUCCUCACCAUCACCUUUACCAAUAUCCUUGAUGGCAUCUACUCCUGCCCCAUCUACCCCUACCCCAUCUUCUAUCUCACAAACAACCUUACCAGAUUCAUCUUCUACUCAAGCCCUGUCCAGGGCAAGGGAGACUUCUGGGACUUCAGUUAGGACGUGGACUAUGGCAUCAUCCAUGGCAAUGCUCCACAGUAGUAAAACAGCAGAUCCUAAGAACGAGAGUGACCCACACCAGGCAAAAGUCAUUACGGAACCAAAGUCACCACACCUAGCGUCUUUGCCAACAGCAUCUGCCGAAUCUGUAACAAUGAGCUCUCCUUCAGGAGUCCCUUUGCCCCCAGCCUUAAUGGAGUCUUCCACUGAGCAGACCCUUCUAGCUACGAGCACCAGCUUAGCCCAUAUGUCUCCAGCUCUGAGAGCCACCACUCAUGAUACCUCUCAUCCUCCCAUGACCACUCUCAGCCUCCUAUCAAGCACCGUGGCUCUGAUGGGUGGUGCCACAAUAAUACAGACUACAGCUGGAAAACAGGUCUUGCCAACCAGUCCUGAGAUCCUGGUGCCACAAAUUCCAACACAGGGUGCCAUCACCACCAAAAGGACCAAAGUUCACAUAGGCACUACCACCAGAUUGAUACCUCUGACCAGUGCACCUGCAUCAGCAAGAGAACUGGCCACAAGGCUCGGUGUUACAGAAGAGCACAGCCCAGCUUCACAUUUCUCCAGUACAUCUCCUCACCAAAUCACCAACGUUUCUACUGCUCAAGUAUCUACUCUUAAAUCUACCACCUUCCCUGCUCAGGGCAGCACACAGUCACUGACCACCUUAUCAUCUCCGGCUUCAGUCAGCAGCUGUGCCACGAACCCUUGUCUUCAUGAUGGAAACUGCAUUGCUGACACCACCAGUCGUGGCUAUCACUGUGUUUGCUCACCUUCCUGGCAAGGGGAUGACUGCAGUGAGGAUGUGAAUGAAUGCCUCUUGAACCCCUGCCCACCCCUGGCCACGUGCAACAAUACUCAGGGAUCCUACACCUGCAAAUGCCCAGUUGGGUACCAGUUGGAAAAAGGAAUAUGCAAUUUGGUUAGAACCUUUGUGACAGAGUUUAAAUUAAAGAAAACGUUUCUCAAUACUACUAUGGAAAAACAUUCAGACCUGCAUGAAGUUGAAAACGAAAUCACCAAAAUGUUAAAUGUGUGUUUUUCAACGUUACCUGGUUAUACCCGAUCCACAGUUCAUACUUCUAGGGAGCCCAGCAUGGUGGUGAUCUCGCUGCAAACCACCUUUUCCCUGGCCUCCAACGUGACACUGUUUGACCUGGCCGAGAGGAUACAGAAAUGUGUCAACUCCUGCAGGUCCUCUGCUGAGGCCUGCCAGCUCCUGGGAUCUCAAAGGCGGAUCUUUAGAGCGGGCAGCUUGUGCAAGCGGAAAAGUCCUGAAUGUGACAAAGAGACCUCCAUCUGCACUGAUUUGGAUGGCAUUGCUCUGUGCCAGUGCAAGUCGGGCUACUUUCAGUUCAACAAGAUGGAUCACUCCUGCCGAGCAUGUGAAGAUGGGUAUAGGCUUGAAAAUGAAACCUGUAUGAGUUGCCCAUUUGGCCUCGGUGGUCUCAACUGUGGAAACCCCUAUCAGCUCAUCACAGUGGUGAUUGCAGCAGCAGGAGGUGGGCUUCUGCUUAUCCUAGGAGUUGCACUGAUUGUUACCUGUUGCAGAAAGAGUAAAAAUGACAUAAGCAAACUCAUCUUCAAAAGUGGGGAUUUCCAAAUGUCCCCGUACGCUGAAUACCCCAAGAACCCUCGCUCACAAGAAUGGGGCCGAGAAGCUAUUGAAAUGCAUGAGAAUGGAAGUACCAAAAACCUCCUGCAGAUGACAGAUGUGUAUUACUCGCCCACAGGUGUAAGGAAUCCUGAACUUGAACGAAAUGGACUCUACCCGGCCUACACUGGAUUGCCGGGAUCACGGCAUUCUUGCAUUUUUCCUGGACAGUAUAACCCAUCGUUCAUCAGUGAUGAGAGCAGAAGAAGAGAUUACUUUUAA